CUGGGUACGCCGGCUCGGUCCCCGUGCCCCCAGGGCGCUCACACGGGCUUGGUCAUGCCCCCCACGAGUACGCAGCUGCGCCGAGCAGCCAGAGGAGCCUGCGGCGCCGCACCGCCCGAGCCGGCGCCGGGCCCCGCGGGAGAACCACCCCGGCCUCGGCUUCCCUCCUCUCUGUAUGAAUGAACUCGGGCUGCUCGGAGUUUAUUUUUUUAUGAAUGGGAGCUGCAGCCGUGAAUGAAGCCGCGGGACAGCCCCUAUACGCUGAUUGGUCCUUGGGGCUGGGAAACACCGCCUCGCGGAUCGGCCGGGCGAGUCUCCGGAUUGGCGGGCGUGCCCGGCCCAGGGGUUUCAUUCACAAAAGUCAAUGAAACAAAGGGAACGGGUGGGGGGAGCGCGAACCCCGGACGAGGCGAAGGAAAUGCGCCAAUCAGCUGCUCCCCCGGGCUCACAACUGUGUGCGGCGCCCGGAAAACUAGCGGGUGCACGGGGGGCUCUGGGCCGGAGCCGCUUCGCUCCGGCCUAGCCAGGUGGCCUCUCGGCGCGGCCUGGGGACAUGCUGCGGACCCCCCCGCGGCUCCAGCACCGACGGCCCGGCCUCAGGUCUCUGCCCCCGCGCGGGGCCCCGGCCGCGCGGCCGGAGGGAGCGGCCGGAUGGAGCGGAGGAUGAAAGGCGGAUACUUGGACCAGCAAGUGCCCUACACCUUCUGCAGCAAGUCGCCCGGAAAUGGGAGCUUGCGAGAAGCAGCGCUGAUGGUCCCGCAGGGAAAGCUCAUGGACGCGGGCUCGCUGCCGCCCCCCGACUCUGAAGAUCUCUUCCAGGACCUAAGUCACUUCCAGGAGACGUGGCUCGCCGAAGCUCAGGUACCAGACAGUGAUGAGCAGUUUGUUCCUGAUUUCCAUUCAGAAAACUUGGCUUUCCACAGCCCCACCACCAGGAUCAAGAAGGAGCCCCAGAGUCCUCGCACAGACCCGGCCCUGUCCUGCAGCCGAAAGCUACCACUCCCCUACCACCAUGGCGAGCAGUGCCUUUACUCCAGUGCCUAUGACCCCCCUAGACAAAUCGCCAUCAAGUCCCCCGCCCCCGGUGCCCCUGGACAGCCGCCCCUGCAGUCCUUUCCCCGGGCGGAACAGCGGAGUUUCCUGAGAUCCUCGAGCACCUCGCAGUCCCACCCUGGUCAUGGGUACCUUGGGGAGCACAGCACACCCAGCUCCGUCUUCCAGCAGCCCCUGGACAUGUGCCACUCCUUCACAUCUUCUCAGGGUGGGGGCCGGGAGGCCCUCCCAGCCCCCUACCAACACCAGCUGUCAGAGCCCUGCCCACCCUACCCCCAGCAGAACUUCAAACAGGAAUACCACGACCCCCUGUAUGAACAGGCGGGCCAACCAGCUGUGGGCCAGGGUGGGAUUGGUGGGCACAGGUACCCAGGGGCUGGGGUAGUGAUCAAACAAGAACAGACGGACUUCGCCUAUGACUCAGAUGUCUCUGGGUAUGCCUCCAUGUACCUGCACACAGAGGGCUUCUCUGGGCCUUCCCCAGGGGAUGGAGCCAUGGGCUAUGGCUAUGAGAAACCUCUGCGACUGUUCCCAGAUGAUGUCUGCGUUGUCCCUGAGAAGUUCGAAGGAGAUAUGAAGCAGGAAGGGGUGGUCGGAGCGUUCCGGGAGGGGCCGCCCUACCAGCGUCGGGGUGCUUUGCAGCUGUGGCAGUUUCUGGUGGCCCUGCUGGAUGACCCAACCAAUGCCCAUUUCAUUGCCUGGACAGGCCGGGGGAUGGAGUUCAAGUUGAUUGAGCCUGAGGAGGUUGCCAGACUCUGGGGCAUCCAGAAGAACCGGCCGGCCAUGAACUACGACAAGCUGAGCCGCUCACUGCGAUACUAUUAUGAGAAGGGCAUCAUGCAGAAGGUGGCUGGUGAGCGAUACGUAUACAAGUUCGUGUGCGAGCCCGAGGCCCUCUUUUCUCUGGCCUUCCCAGACAAUCAGCGUCCAGCUCUCAAGGCUGAGUUUGAACGGCCAGUCAGCGAGGAGGACACAGUCCCUUUGUCCCACUUGGACGAGAGCCCCGCCUACCUCCCAGAGCUGGCUGGCCCUGCCCAGCCCUUUGGCCCCAAGGGGGGCUUUUCUUACUAGCUGCCAGUGGCUUCUGCCCC